GAGUUACUGGCGCACGCGUUGGGGGGGAGAUGCCAGUCUUCAGGAGCCUAUAUUACUAUGAGGACUGAGAAAAACAUGCACACAUAAGCUAAAGAUUUUUUUCUCUCUUUAUGUGUGUGUGUGCGUGUGUGUAUGUGUGUGUGGCUUGGAUUGCAUUUUAAAAGCGAACUGAGCUAUGUUUUCUCCAGCAGACAUUUAUAUUUAAUGGGAUGUGUUUGUGUUGCCUUUGCAAACAGUUACAAGAUUGUCACAAGUGGAUAUGGAAAGUGUUUGCUCUUGCACUAAAGUUUUUUUUCCCUCCCUUUUUCUUGACUAUCAUGCACGGGACUUUUUUACUAAAUAUUGCACCCCUAACAAGUAUAUAUAUUCACCUGGACUUUGACUGAAGUUAUGGGACGUUACAACAUUUUUUUAAGGAGGAAAAACAUCCAGCUCCCUAAAUUUUGAAACCCCAGUAAAAUGUAUUCACAAAUGCCUGGCAACAUGGCAGUUAACUGGGUCGUAUAUUCUGUCUUUUUGUUACCGCUCUUCGCAGUGGGGGCUGCUUUCUCUGGGGUCUUCAAUGCCACAGACAGAGACAUUUUCACAGAUGAUUUGCUGCAGGUCAAGCUCACCCACGACAGAGCAACCGAGCAGUGGAAACAUCACUCUGCCGAUUCUCACCCCAACCUAUAUUUUAACCAAGUGGAUGUGUUGCACUUGAGGCAAAGGUCCUCCACCACCCACAGUCACAUAUUCAAAGUCAUCCGGGCGGCUGUUUUCACUAUGUUGUCUAAUGUUCCUUUUUACAUGCCCCCUGCAAAACACGAGGAGUUUACAAGCAAGUGGAAUGAGAUUUAUGGAAACAACCUGCCUCCCCUGGCUCUCUACUGCCUGUUGUGCCCAGAGGACUCUGCCGCCUUGCAGUUUCUCAUCAAGUUUAUGGACAGGAUGGCUGAUUACCCAGACUGGAAGGUGACCAGUGCACCUAAUGAUGAGGUUCCCAUGGCGCACUCUCUCACUGGGUUUGCUACUGCCUAUGACUUUAUCUACACUUUCCUGGAUGAACGGAGGAAGGAUGUGUACCUCAAGAAAAUUCGCUCUGAGACGGAGGAGCUGUUUGAGCUCUCUAAGUAUAGGGGGUGGGGGAAACAAUACCUCCAGAAUCAUCAAACUACUAAUAUAUUAGCUAUCAUGACUGGUGCAAUAGUGGUGGGAUCACAUAAUGACCCAGAGUCGAUGAUCUGGAAACAAGUGUCGGUGAAUUAUAUGGAGAAAACAAUGUUUCUGCUAAACCACAUUGUUGAUGGGUCGCUGGACGAAGGAGUAGCCUACGGGAGCUACACGGCCAAGUCCAUCACGCAGUACGUCUUCUUAGCUCAACGCCACUUCAACAUCGACAACUUGCAGAACAACUGGCUGCGGGGACACUUCUGGUUUUAUUAUGCCACUCUGUUGCCGGGGUUUCAGAGGACAGUUGGCAUAGCAGACUCCAACUACAACUGGUUUUAUGGGCCAGAGAGCCAGCUUGUCUUCCUCGAUACAUUUGUCAUGAGGAACGGAACGGGUAAUUGGCUGGCUCAACAGAUUAGAAAGCACCGGCCCAAGGAUGGUCCCAUGGGACAGUCUUCUGCACAGCGCUGGGCUACACUUCACACAGAAUACAUCUGGUACAACUCCCACCUCACACCACAACCUCCCCACAACUUUGGCAAAGCCUGGAUGCAUAUUUUCUCAAACUGGGGUGUGGUUACGUACGGAGCAGGGCUGCCCAAUGGUCAGGGUAAUACUUUUGUCUCCUUUAAGUCUGGCAAACUGGGUGGCCGUGCAGUCUACGACAUUGUUCAUGACAAGCCUUACUCAUGGGUAGACGGCUGGAACAGCUUUAACCCAGGUCACGAGCACCCAGACCAGAAUUCAUUCACAUUUGCUCCUAAUGGACAAGUAUUUGUGUCUGAAGCACUUUAUGGCCCAAAGUACAGCUAUCUUAACAAUGUGUUAGUGUUCAGUCCAUCUCCUACUAGUCAGUGUAACAAUCCCUGGGAGGGUCAGUUAGGGGAGUGUGCCAAAUGGCUGCGCUGGACUGAUGAGGGGGUGGGUGACGCUAAUGGGGAGGUGAUAGUCGCUUCCUCGCACAGGGACACCAUGUUUGUGAGUGGGGAAGCAGCGUCGGCUUACUCCCCAGCCAUGAGACUAAAGAGUGUGUACAGAGCUUUGGUUUUACUCAACUCACAAACGCUGCUGGUGCUUGACCAUGUGGAAAAGUGGGAUGAUUCACCAGUGAAGUCACUCAGUGCUUUUUUCCACAAUCUGGACAUUGAUUUUAAAUAUGUUCCUUUCAGAUUUAUGGACAGAUAUAAUGGCGCAAUGAUGGACGUGUGGGACGCUCAUUAUAAAAUGUUCUGGUUUGACACCCAGGGUCACAGCCCCGAUACCAAGAUACAGGAGGCAGAGCAGGCAGCUGAGUUUAAAAAGAGGUGGACACAGUAUGUCAAUGUCACUUUUCCAAUGACAGGCACAGUCAGCAGAGUUGCUUAUGUGUUACACGGUCCAUAUGUCAAAGUGUCCAGCUGUAAAUUUGUGGAUAAUAGCAAGAAUGGAGUUAGACUUUCUUUAACCAUAAAUAACACAGAGAAGAUUGUCUCUAUAGCUACAAACUAUAAAGACAUAGGAGCAAGGUUGACUUAUUUAGGAUUUGGAGGUCACUGUAAGGUGGAGGAUAGAUAUCAAAUCACACGAUAUGGCCUUGGGACACAACUCAUCCCCAAACAAAUCAGUACUGAUAAUCAGCUGUUUGACUUUGGAUUUACAGUCAAUGUGAUUGCAGGGGUUGUUCUCUGUGUGGCUAUAGGAUUUUUGACCAUGCAGAGGAAGUUUUAUGUCUGCUUCAGCAGGCUGAUGCGUUACGCCCUGCUCUCCGUGCUCAUCCUGUGGAUAGCCGAGUUGCUGUUUGUGUCUAGCAGCUGCGAUCAGCUUCUCUGUGGGGUAAAAUGGAAAGGUGCGGGUGCCAAAAGCGAAGUAAACAACCAAAUCAGACUGUACGAGCAGCGCCGACUCCCCCUCCCUACUGUCCUCAUAGCAACUCUUCCCGGUUCAGGCUCAGAAAUACUCAAGCACCUUUUCUACAACAGCUCUGACUUUGUUUACAUUCGGGUUCCCACCGAGCAUGUGGACAUACCAGAGACUGAGUUUGAGUUUGACUCCCUGGUUGAUGCCUGUGAGUGGUCAAGGUCAGAUGCUGAGCAUGGACGGUUUAAGAUUAUCCAAGGCUGGCUGCACUCGCUGGUCCACAACACCAAGCUCCACUUGCAAAACAUUCAGUUGGUAGAGGGCAGUAGGGUCAAACAGCCCCAGAAAGUCAGCACCUCCAGGGACAGAAAGAAAAGAUCCAGGAGGAGGGAACCAGCGUCUGAGCUGAAGGGAAAACUCAGAGCCAGUCUGGACAGAGAUGCAGAGUAUGUUAGGGAGAUGAGACGACAUGUCGCUGAGUACCCCAACACCCGCGUGGUCCUCAGCAUGCGAAGUGGAAGCUGGGCGCUCAAACUACCUUUCAUUCAGGAGGUUGUGGGACCUUCACUGAGGACAAUCUAUUUGGUCAGGGACCCUCGAGCAUGGAUUUAUCUUAUGGUAUAUAACAGUAAACCCAGCCUAUACUCCCUUAAGAACAUCCCGCAGCACCUUUCCUUGAUAUUCAAGGAGGAUGCUGUCAAGGAUGGCUGCCCAACCGUGGCACCAGAGUUUAAAAUAAUACAGAGGCUGCUGUCCCGAUCGGAGACAAACCCUGUCCUGAUUCUGGCUCAUCUGUGGCUGGCUCACACCACAGCAGUGCUUAGGGUCAGCGAGAGCCUCCCCGAGGAGUGCUACUACCAAGUGAGGUUUGAGGACGUGGUCAACUUCCCCCAGGAAACCGCGGAAAGCAUACACAGAUUUUUGGGGGUGCCCGUCUCACCCACAGCCCUCAACCAACUUAUAUUUACCACCUCCACAAACCUGUACAAUCUAAUGUACGAGGGAGAUAUUUCACCAGCCAAUAUUAACAUGUGGAGGGAAAAAAUGCCACGAAAGGACAUCAGACUAAUAGAGGACAUAUGUGGGAGUGUGAUGAAGAGGUUGGGUUACGCCAGGUUUGCCAGUUAACUUACUGCUGCUGGUCAGCUGAUACGGAGCUGUCUCGUUUACUGUAGCUGCCAGUCACACUGAGUUCUGUAAAGUUUUUUUUUAUUUGCACUGACCUUAAAUUUAAAAAAAAAAAAAAGAUGAUGUUACAAGUUGAGGAAACACUUGGUAGCAUUAGGCUAAACUGUCUGUGUUCAGGGUUUUUUUUUGUUUCCUGUUAGUUGUAUUUUAUUUGGACGUGUGUACAGUGAUGUACCGACUACAACUACAGAUGUUUGUGAUGGAGGAGUAUUUUACAUUAAAAUGGGUUAAAGGAAGCUUCUGCUAAUAAUCUUCUCCCCUCCCUCCCCCCAGCAGCCCUUCACACUUACUUGUAGCACUCUUUUUAUCGAGUGAUACUAGACCUUUGCUGUCUUUACAUGCAGCCGUGUCUUAAAGAGGAAUGCCACUGAACUUCAGCAUAAAUUUAGCUUUUUUACAGCGUCU